AAGAAGCGACGAGAGCUACCCAAAGAGGUGACUCAGACCCUAAAGGCUUGGUUAAUGGAACACAAGCAACACCCAUAUCCUGACGAGACGGAAAAGAAGAUGCUUUGUGAAAAGACAGGCUUAACCAUGAACCAAAUAUCAAAUUGGAUGAUCAACGUGCGU